AUGGGUGUUAUUUUAUAUCAUUUCCCAUUGAGUGGACCGUCUAGAGGGGCCCUUCUGGCUGCCAAAGCAGUAGGAGUUGAUGUAGAUGUUCAAAUUAUGGAUCUGUUCAAGAAAGCACAGCUAAAAGAGGACUUUGUGAAAAUCAAUCCACAACACACCAUUCCUACUUUGGUAGAUGGGGAAUUAACAAUAUGGGACAGUCAUGCUAUUGCUUGCUAUUUGGCUUCAGUUUAUGGUAAAGAUGACAGCUUAUAUCCAGAAGACCCCAAAACUAGGGCACUAGUCAAUCAGAGACUAUAUUUCGAUUGUGGUACAAUGUAUCCUAGAAUAAGAGCCAUAUGUUUUCCUGUACUAUUCUUGGGGGAGGAUAUCAUUCCUGAUGAACACAAAGGUCCUUUAGAAGAAGCAUUAGGAUUUUUGGAUGUUUUUCUUGAAGGAAAUAAUUUUGUCUGUGGAAAUAACUUGACAAUUGCAGACUGCUCUUUGGUGGCUUCAGUUUCCAGCAUUGCAGCUGUUGGAUGGGAUUUGAGUGCUUAUUCCAAUGUUGUUACUUGGGUUGCUAGAUGUGCCAUUGCUAUUCCCAAUUAUGAGGAAUCCAAUCAGAAAGGAGCUGAAGAGUUUGGAAAGGUAGUUAAAAGCAAGCUUGCUCCAGGGCAAUUAUAA